UUUAAGUUUUAUUUUAUUAUUACAAAAUUAGCAUGGAAAUUGCACUUGGUGGUAAUUUGUAGAAUGAAGACAACGUUACCAUUUAGAAUUUGGAUGUUCACUGCAGCUGUGUUUCAUUUAGCAGAAGCCUCUCCUGUUAGAUUGUAUUCAAAAGGGUCGACUGUGUUACUCAAAUGCACAUCCGAUGGCACAUACUCAUGGUGGAUUAAAUCAGCACACCUUUCGAAGCACCCACGGGGUUGGACAUACGAUCCUGACGAAAAUUACAAUUGGUUAAAAGUCAUCAGAAGUAAUCAAACUAACGAUUUUGACCUAGAGAUAACUAAUGCCUCUAGUUUUGACGAAGGUCUCUACUACUGCAAUUCUAACCGUUAUACUUUACAAAUGGAAACAUUGCCUACGAAUAUGUCAUUUGAUUACGAAUCAAAAGAUAGUAAAAUACAUGGAAUAGAAAGCAUUGCACUAAGUGUCAUAUGCAGGGUUCAAAGUGGAAAACCACAAGAAACAUUAUCGCUCAUACGAAACAACAACACCGUGAAGACUGGUGAACAUGGAAAGAUUGAGUAUAUAUUAAUACCAACAAAACUGGAUCAUAAUGCAGAAUAUACAUGUGAGGCAAGGAGUCCAUUAUCAAAUCAACCAUUGAGAAAGACAGUCCAGUUAAACAUCAACUACAAACCAACGGUUUUUAGCCUACAGAUUACGAAUGAUGAAAUCAAUGAAGGUGAAACGAAAACAAUAUGUUGUUAUGUAGUUAGCAACCCAGCACCAUCAGCAACGAGAUUGUUGAAUGGAAGUCAGGAAAUUUUUGUUACAUAUCAAACGAAGCAAACUUGUUACACAAUUAAACACGUCAGUCGUUACGACCAAGGAAACUACACAUGUUUAGCCACGAAUAUCAUUGGAAAAGGAUCAGUAACUAUUUCACUCCAAGUAAAUUUCGAUCAUCCUUCAGUAGAAAAAUCAACAUUUUCUUCAUACAUCAUCGUUAUUGUAUUACUGAUAAUUAUUGCAGUCUUAGUUACUGGGAUGGUAAUAUAUGUUCGGUACAUGAAACAGAGAUUACAAAAGAGGUUGAUAGUUAAUCCAACAACUCGAAGGAAUGGUAAUGAAAGUGUUCAUUAUACGGAAAUUAAUGAAGAUAUUUUGAUAUUAACAACAUCCCAAGGAAAUGAUAACCCGGUUAUAUCAACAGACGAAACUUCAGUUAUGGAAAAUUCAGGUAUAGUCCCAGUGAAUGAAGAACGUUCGUCUGCAUCAUCGGAUCAGGACCCAAAUGCGUCAGAAAAUGUGGACGAUGGUUAUGAACGACCAUACAACAUGUUAUUGGCAAAUUAUCAAACUGAAGACGAUCAUGUUUAUCUUACUACUAACAAUAAUUCAACCAUAUUAUACAUUUAACUUUUUUAGACACUGUUUCUUGUGGAUUCACUAAAGUAGAUUGUUCAGCAGAUAACAAAAAUAUAUUUUAUACAAAUGGCGGUUUAGAAAACUGUGAAUCUGAAAAAAUAGUGAGAACGAUGUCAACGAAGCAGACAAUAAUUGUAAAGGACCAACCAUUAUCCACAAAAUACCAAGGUAGAAUACAUUUAACUGAACAAACAUACUAUUAAAUCAGCAUAAUGUAUGAGCAGGUCUUUGUUGGCCCCUUGAUUUCGAAAAGUAUUGUAAAUAUUUCAAAUAACAUCCU